AUGGCUCCAAAGGGGCGGAAGCGUUGGAAGCUGAAAAGCCAAGGCAGUAGUAGCAGUAAGACUAGCUCGUCGCCAAACAACGGACUGGUUCCACGGUUCAUCUCACGAGGACACACCUACCGAGCGGUCGUAGGCGACACGCUGGUGCUUCCGUGUGAAGUGGAAAAUUUGGGAACGUUGGUGCUGCUCUGGCGACGGGGUUCGAAUGUGCUCACCGCUUCCCAGCUAAUGGUAACCCGAGACGAGCGGAUACGGCUUGUCAACGGGUACAAUCUCGAGAUCUCCGAGCUGGAACCGCAGGAUGCCGGUGACUACGUCUGUCAGAUCAGCGACAAGGUCAACAAGGACCAGGUGCACACGGUGGAAAUUCUCGUUCCACCGAGCGUUCGGGCCAUUCCAUCGACUGGUCAGGUGACGGCACGCCGAGGAGGCGCCGUAACGCUCGAAUGCAAAGCGUCCGGUAAUCCGGUCCCAUCCAUCUACUGGACCAAGAGCCAAGGUGGCUUGGGAAAAUCGGCCACCAAGAUCGGUGAAGGUCCAGUUUUGUCGUUGGAACGCGUCGAACGGCAGCAAGCUGGCGUUUAUCAGUGCACCGCAGAUAAUAACGUCGGUGAUCCGGUCACCGUGGACAUGCGGCUGGAUGUGUUGUAUCCGCCCGACAUCAGCGUGGAAAAGUCGUGGGUCCACUCGGGUGAAGGAUUCGAAGCGCAACUCGAAUGUAUCGUUCACGCCGACCCCCAGCCGACGAUCUCGUGGAAUCAGAACUCAUUUCCGUUGCAGCCAACCGACCGGCGCACGAUGUCCGCCAGAGGAAAUAAGCACACGCUCACCAUUCGCCACGUGCAGCAGGAAGACUUUGGCAACUACAGCUGCGUAGCGGAUAACUCCCUCGGACGAUCGAAGAAGUACAUGGAGGUGUCUGGACGUCCGGGGCCGGCCGAUUUCUUGUCACCGCCGUGGAGCCGUUCGACGGACAGCUUCAAUUUGACCUGGAAAGUGGAAAGCUACCCACCGCUACAAGAAGUCCGCUUGCUGUACCGGAAACUGAUGAUGAACGAGACCUUCCAGCAACCGGGACGAUGGCACGACGUUAUUCUCACGCCAGCUCCACGACCUCCAUCGGAACCGCUAACACACGUCAUGGCAUUUACGUUGCGCGGAUUGCAGCAUAGCUCGGUGUACGAAGCGAUUGUACAGGCGAAAAAUCGCUACGGCUGGAACGAGGUGAGCGACAUUUUCCAGUUCUACACGCAACGAAUAUCAACCGAUGUCCACUCGGAGGAGAUGCAGGUGGCCAGUUCCACGUCCCGUUCUUCAGCCACAACAUUGCACCGAAAUGCACCGAAAACGCUGUCCUGGAGAAUUCCGAUCACGCUGCUACCCAUCAUCCCGUGGUUGAUGGCUCCAGUCGGUGCGCUGUUGUCCGGCACGCUCUUCGAUCGUACGAGGAUCACCGUCAUCUAA